AUGGCAGUUAUCAGGAUAAAGAAGUUCAAGUUCACGUCAAAGUCAUUUAUGAUCAUCAUGGGGAUGGAUAUGGAGGGAAGUUCAUUCUUGGGACCAUCAGAGCGCAUUGGCACCAUGCAUCCCUUCAUUAUGGCCAUAUCAUCAUGCCCUAAUCCAACUAAACAAUGGUCGUUUGAACCAUCAACAUCAAUCGGUCACAAGCUCAUUUACCUCUCAACCAUACCCAAGUUGGGAUGUCUACCCGACAAACUUGUAACACAGAAGCAGGAUAUAUUUAACACGAUUGUAUCAUCAUUGGUGACUAAUGAUUUACUGGAACGACAUGGCAGCACGAUAUCAUUUGUGAUGGAGCUGAUUAGAGAUGUGAUUGACAUUCAAUCCAAUCAACAGCGAUUGAUUGAGGAGAUAUCAAUAUCUGAUCGACCAUCAUUGGAUCAAGCAUUUGUUGUGUUCUCCCCUUUCAUUCGAUCAUUCGACUCUCCACGCCUCAUUGAUUGUUUCAAUCGACUCGAGAAUAAUAUCAACAAGAAUGAUCUCAUCAAAUUGAUGGAUAUUGACUUAUUCAUUCAAGUAAGUGAUUGGAUUGUGAUGAUUGGACAGUUGAUCACUCAACCAAACUGA